AUGGAGCCUACCCCACCACCAUCACCAGAUACUAUAAACUCCAACAACUCGAUUAGCUCAAGAGACGGGCUAUACUUGAACGAUUUGCACACGAUUUUCUGCGACUGUGGUGAUAAAAUAGCCGAGCAAAAAGGUGACGUGGAGCGCAUGAAGGAGGAGAUGGGUCGCAAUUACCUUCAUUCCAGGGUUGAUGUCCUGAACAUGCAGCAAAGGUUCGACAAGGUUGAGAAGCAGAUUAAAGCUAUUGCGUUGUUGGUUGUGGGUCUUGUCGUGUUAGCAGCUCUCGGAAAUAACGAAGCAAAAAUGGUGAAAUGCUCAUGUGGAUGUUUGGCCAUAAUUAGAAUGUCUUCCACUCCAUCAAACCCUGGAAGACCAUUCUAUGCUUGCCCCACUAAGGGACCUCGUAAUGGUUUUAUUUGUUGGGUUGAAGAAGCAGACUCUAAGAAUAUGAGUGUUGAAGCAGUUAUGAUUGCAGGAUUAGCUAGGUCGAAAAAGAAGCUUGAAUCAAAGAUUUGGAAACUGAAGAUGUCUUUAGUUCUAAGUUGGAUUAUUUUCUUUGGCAUAAUUGUGUACAAGUUGUAA